AUGUCGCAACAACCGGCUUCGAAAGACGAUACACUGCAAUGGGCUGAACUUCUUUACAGGGGUGCACUUUAUGCUUUCUAUAGUGGGAAAGUAUUAGACACGACAGCAAUGGCUUUGUUAUCGAUGGAAAAGAGGGUAAAGCUACUGAGUGUUGACCACGAGCUCACUACAGAAAGUAUGGAAAUGUUAGCCAUUGGCUACGGCGAUGAUGGAACUUUCUCUUGA